AUGGCGUCGAAAAAGUACUUUGAGGAUGUUGCACCCACCAAAUGCUUUCUUCGCCGGAUCGGUGAAUCUACAGUGCCGAGUCAGAGCAGCUUCAGUAUUUCCAGCAGAUAUCAGCAAAUUCAGAGGACCUUUCCAGCGGACAGAUUUGAGUCGAGGACGCCGCUAAGGGACAAUCUGUUGUGCUGCUAUGAUCGACCUCUCCCACUGACAGUCAUACAGUCACGCGAGGAUCAACAAGAAUGCUCAAUAAGAAUGGGCAAAAAUGUUACCAAGGAAAUUCUCAUCAUUGGUUCCCUUCUCGUCCUGAUUUUGAUCAUUCUUGCGAUAAUUCUCGGCGUCUGGCGGUUCCUGAAACGAAGAAAAUCAAAAGACAUCGUCACCAAAACCGAAAUCAACUCGAAUCUUUGGCCAACUGGAAUCGUUGUGAAGCCGGACAUCGACUGGAAAUCGAACUCGUUCAGCACUGUAUCUUGUUCCAAAUACGAGCAAUCCACAAAGUCCUCUAAGUCCGGAAACGAGUCGAGAAAUCCAAUGCUGAGUAAGCACCACAAGAAGAGCACGAUGAGCAGUAAAGAUGAUUCUCUUUGCUUCACUGAUGUUUGA